GGUAGUCGAGCCGCCCUCAACGUCACGGAAAUGAACCUUCUUCUUCUGCUCCCCGUAAACAUGGCGGCGGUCAAACAACAUCUUGCAAGGGGAGCGUACGACUUUGCACAGAAAACAUGCAACAGAUACCUCUUAAAAAGUCAUAAAAAGCCGGGUGAAAUCGCAAUACAAGCAUCGUCUCUGUCGGCGGGGUUUCUGUUUGGUGAUAUUCAAAAUGGAGGACUGUACAGAGCUAAAAACAAUGCGGACAGUGUGACCGUCGGGGUUCCACAGGACACUUACACAAGGGUAACUCCGGUGUUUGAUGCCGCUAACAACGUGUGGAGCGACAGUAAUGUCAUUGAAUCAUAUUAUCAUUAUGGACAUAAUGAGUUUUCACAUGUUGUCAAAACUCCGGUUCAGAAUGUGGAAAGAAAUCCCCCUUGUUACCAGGGAAACGACAAGUUUCGGAGGACUUCCUGCACCCUCAGGUCCGCUCAGCGCUCGUGUUGGGGACAUGGACAGCUUGUGUCCAUCAGAUCUUACAGCGGCAACGGAGCCCGUUCUGAGCCCCUUUACAGAACCAAAACCGGCUACUAUGACAUCCUGCAGGUUUCGCCUACCGCCACCCAAGCCCAGGUAAAGACAGCCUACUACAAGCAGUCCUUCAUCUACCACCCGGACAGAAACUCCGGCGGCGAAGAGGCCACCGUCCGCUUCUCUGAGAUCAGCGAGGCCUACACUGUGCUGGGCAACAAGGUGCUGAGGAAGAAAUACGACCGGGGUCUCUUGACUCAGUCGGACCUCGUCGCCAUAGCCAGGCCCUCCGGUAAAGACACCGCCGGGAGCUCCGGGAAACAGCAAGGCGACAGACGGCGGUCUGUGAUGGGCGCAGACACCCGGGGGGGCAUCUAUGACUUCGACAACUUUUUCAAGGCCCACUACAACGAGCAGCUGCAGAGAGAGAAGGACCUGAGGGUUCGCAAAGAGGAGAUGCUGAAGCGGAAGCAGGAGACUGUUGCGGACAAGAAGCUGGACAGGGCGAUAGACAUUGGGCUUGUGAUGAUGCUGGUGACGGCCGUGGCUCUUCUAUUCAGCUUAAAAAGCGGAAGCUAAUGGCGUACGAGGAGGAAGACUGACUUCGGACUUGGAUCAUCAUCACCACUGCUCACACUACAAGAAAACAAUGCUGACAUGACUGUGAAGCGCCCUCUGUCCUUUGACCUCUCUACGUAGAGAGCAGUCCAUGAAAUGUCACGACUUAACACCACCCCUGUUAUAAAUGUAACACAGAACAAUUGUGCAAUUUGUUUUGUUGGCUUACACCGAGAAGCUGCUAUUGAGACUAACCUGUAAUGGGCACAUGUUGUAGCUGUCAUUCAACACAGUAUGCAUUAGUGGUCGAGAUGAAUCUGUGCACUGGUUUGUUGGCGUUGUCGCUCAGAGCCAAAGCAAACCCCAGCAGCAGGGACGGGUGUUUUAUUUCUCAGCGAUGCAGCUGCAUGUUAGGUUAUCAAAUCAACUCUUUUGCUUUGAGGAAUCUUUUUAUUUUUUAAAACCAAAUCAAGCCACUGUUCAAAUGUAGACAAGCAGUCCAGUAGUUAAAAAUAACACAAUUCUAAUUUAAUCCAGUGAUGAUCUGAUCUAAGAAUAUCUAACAAAGUCUGCUUUGGUACCAACAGCUCUCCCCAGGAGUCCUGUCUUUAAGUGUGCUCCACAACACUGAGUAAACAUGCUGACAGAGGAACAUUCAGUGGUUGAGUCACAACCUCCAAGCACUAUAUUUGAACUCUUUUGGCUUUUAUAAAGUCAUCUGUUUGGCAGAUUUCUUUAUUUUUAAUGGUGAAGCAAGUUUCUUUGGUAGUUUUAAUGAAUUGCUGUUUAUGAAAUGUUAAUAGCAGUACAAAGAAGUGAGGGAUUUGUGGAUCUGUUCUAUCAUGAGAGCCCAAGAAGCGGGGGCAUUAUAGGGACUGUAGUUUUAUCCUCAGACAGUUAAGUUAAAGUAUGUGCCUUGGAUGAUAUUUAUUGUAAAAAUCAGAGCUCAUAUUGUCUUGAUUGUCAUUAACUAUUAAAUGACUUGUGAGCAGUGCCCAUCAGCG